AAACUACAACCGAGAAACAUGACUAUGGAUGGAAUUAAGACUGAAACGAAUAGAAAUGGUGCUACUCAACAAGAAUGUGCUGGUUGUGGAAAAGCAAUAACAGAGAGGUAUUUACUAAAAGCACUGGAUAUGCUUUGGCACGAAGACUGUUUAAAGUGUGGAUGCUGUGACUGCAGACUUGGGGAAGUAGGUUCUACUCUAUACACAAAAGCAAAUCUUUUACUUUGCAAACGGGACUACCUCAGACUUUUCGGAAACACUGGACACUGUGCUGCUUGCAGUAAAGUAAUUCCUGCCUUUGAAAUGGUUAUGAGGGCCAGAACUAACGUAUAUCACCUCGAGUGCUUCGCGUGUCAACAAUGUAACCACAGAUUUUGCGUCGGUGACAGAUUCUACUUGUGUGACAAUAAAAUACUUUGUGAAUACGACUACGAGGAGAGGCUUGUCUUUGCAAAUUUGGCCCUUCAUCCACCGCCCAAUGCAACGAUGGCUCAUAUUAAAAGACAAGUUAGUCAUCUCCAACCACCUGCAGUGGCUGGAGGUGGAGGAGGUCAGAGACAGGUGAAUGGCGAAACAGUUCCAGGUCAUAAUGGAUAUCCAGUGCCGACGUCUUCAAGCGGACACACUGCUAUAAAUUUGAUAAAUAAUAAUUUAAAUGGAAUAAAUGCACAAUCAACAUUUGAAGCUAAAUGACCAUCAAAGUAAAAAGAACAAUCGAAUUUUCAAUUCGAAAGAAUAAUAUGGCCAAAUUGAUUGGAUUUUUAUUCAAAUUAGUUCAUUACAUAAAAGGACUGAAAUUAUAUAUUAACUAUGAAAUGUUAAAACAAGUGAAUAUAUAUAUAAAUAAUAGGUUUUUCCCUUUAUAAGAAAAAUUCGUCCCCACUAAUAGCGAGUGUUAUAACUUGUCCUUCAUAUUAACUAAUUAUUAAAAACUUAUUAAAAUAUUAUUUCUAUCGCCUGAUACAAGAAACAAUUCAGAAUUAUUACAAACAAAAUUUUCAAUAAUUUAAUCUUAACAAUUGUAAUUAUUUUUUAGUAAAACCAUUUUCUAUGAAUUUUUCUUGAAAAAAUAAUUCCAAAUAUAAAAAUGAAACGUUAAUAUUUCAGAUAUAAAUUAAAAUCAAAAUCCAUAAUAUUUAAUCUAAAAAGUGAUAAUUCUGAAUUUGUCUUCGCAACUAAUUUAGGAAAUAUUAAUUAUAAAAAAAAUUAUUUCUGAAUAUUUUUGAAAGCUAAUGCUGCGCAAAAAAUAGGUAGUUUUUAAGUAGAUAUACUUGCUAAUAAGAAUGAAUUUGGUGCUCUUUAUAUGUAGGGAAAUAAAUUCUCAAUAUGGUUCUUAAAUAUUCCAAUUAAUAUUUUACAACUCCUGCAGAUAUUUAUUAUGUAUAGCUGACAACCUACAUUUUUUCACCAAACCAAUAAUAGAAGUAAAUUUAAAAAAUAUAUUUCGAACCAUAUUGAUAAUUAUAAUAAUACUAAUAAUUAUAUCGAUUGGACACUUUUUAUUCAAAAUGAGGUCCUCUAAUAUUUUUACUUCUUGAAGCGAGACAAUUAUAAUUUAAUUUUACAAU